UCAUAUUCAGCCCAUUGUAACUGAAUAUUGUCGAGGUCUUGCAAUUCAGCGUUGUCAGCGCUGGGUUCUUCUAUUUGCCAGUCUAUUCUCGAGGAGUUUUUUAAAGCAUUAAUAACAGCUUGAUUGGUAUAAGCUUCGUCAAGAUGAACUUGAGCUUUCAAAACUGCCUUUCAGGGUCCAAUAAAAUCUUUGGCAUUAGGAAAAUCAGAAUUAAUUUUCUUUCUCUUUUCUCCAAUCGAACAUUUUUCUUAUUAACUAUUGCUGAGAGAAAAAGAGCAAUGGAAGUAAAGCAAGAAACUGUGAAAGAAGAAGAUGUGACAGCUGAAGAAGCAUUAGCUAACUCGCAAAGUGUCAUUACUAUGUACGAGAAAAAAUUAUUAACACAAUUUGCACGCGUUACCAACCUAAUGAAGAUCUCCCCUAACUCAACUGAAGCUAUGGAGGCUCUAAAAGAGUAUAGCAAUUUGGAAUCCAAUUUGAAUACUCUAAGAACCAUGAAAGCUUCUUUCGAAAAGAAUAUGACAAGAUCCCCUUCAACAUCUGCAUCGCCUGCAUCUUCCGUCCCGUCAUUUACUUAUAGUAAUAAUGAUAUAAACCAUCCCAACGCUCAAGUGCAAACAAAGACUAUUUCUCACAGUAUCAGCGUUCCUUCUGCUGCUACUCAAACUGAUUCGUGUGUACAUACAAUGAAUCCUGGAAGUGCAAACUUAUUGGUGAUAGAGAAACAGCCUGGCGAAGAAUCGAUAACAUCAGGUUUAGAUUUGCUACCUACUCUACUGUCUAUUGAUUCUGCAACGAAUACGUUAGACACAAUCAAUGACAGUUUUACAUUAAGUGACAUAAAAAAAACUUCAAACACAACGGAACAAAACAAAGGACCAAAGAAGAAGGCUGAUACUGAGAACAAUAAUAAUAAUAAUAAUAAUGCAAGAUCUCUCACUGCCAGUAGCACUUCGUCACAAUUAUCAGCGCCCAUAAAAAGGGAAACUGAAGGUCCUUCAAUUGAGUUAGCGCACAAUGGCACUUUGAAAGAGACAGAAUCAAAUCAACCUGUUAUUCCUACUCAUUUACAGAGUGAGCCGUCUCUUAAUACUGAAGCAACUGUCAGUGCUGACGUUUUGAGUCCCGAAAUCAAUGCGCUUCCAUCUACAGCUUUCAAUAAUAAUGACACUACUGCUACCACUAUUAUUGCAACACCCGAGCAUGGAGAAUAUGCAACUUCCGACAGACUGGAUUGUAAUCAAAUAGAUCCUCGCUUGGCCACACACUGGUCAGAAUUAGGAACCGAUACUGAGCAACAUGUUACUAAUCCCGACCGUAAUGCUGAAGAAAACGUAAGCUAUAAUGAUACGGUGUCAGCGUCAAUAACAGCAGAAACAUCAUCUACUAAAAGACAGCUAGCGAAGCGGUCUUUACCAUUACCACGUUCGUCCUCCUCUUCAGCUUCACCUUCACCGACGUUUGCAAGCACCUCUGAAGUCAAAGCUACGAAUAAUAAAUCAGCAAUCCCUGUUUGGAAUAGCGCACCAUCCUCUUUAGAUAUGCCUGCUACUUCAGCAUCAACACCGAUAAUCUCGUCCAUAACUGAUACCGCACCUACAGGAGAACAACAGCAAGUUAAAAUUGAGACCUACCUAAAGAUUGGCAAGCAUCCCGAAAUAGUAAGAUUGGCAAUAGAUUUUUUUGGUGCAUUUGGAGCGGCCCUUAAAGCAUCAGGUAUACCAACAACAGCAAAACCGCCGGUCUUUUCGGACAGACAGCAAGAUUCACAGCAAGUCAGUAAUAAUGCAAGUGUCAAUUGGGAGGAUUUGUUCAUUCGGAUAUUGGAAAGAACUGAAAACCUAGAAUCUGAGCAACGUGCAUGGUUUUUGAAUUAUCUGAUCAAUCAAGGAAUUUCGUGGAAUGAAGCUCUAGAAAGGAUUGCGCACCGUUAUUUCUCACUACCUGAAAUGUUUCCGAUUACGAAACAGGAACUUUAUUCAAGCAAACAAUGUGAGAACGAGAGUAAUUUGAGCUUUGUGAAGCGAUGGCUUGGUCUUUUUCGAAGAGCCAAUAUACCAGAUGAAAGAGAAGUGGCUAUGGCUUUUUGUUUGUGUCUACAAAAACACGUCCUGCAAAAAAUCAGACAUACAUUGAAUAGAAAUGGCUUUUGUUCUUCAGUGUAUGAGGUGAUGCAUCAAGUAAUUUUGAACAGUCCAGAAGCAUUACAAACAAUAAACUUUAGACUUGCUGCUUUUAAGGUUCUCAAUUUUAUCAACAGUAGCAGCAGCAGUAACAGUGACAAUAGCAGUCGGAAGAGCAAACUGUUGGAACAACGCGAAAAAAGAGCCAAUGAGCAAGACAGGCAAUUGAGUUACCAAAAUCAACGACUGCACCAUAGUGACCCUCGAUGUAAUAAGAAUAGAAAUAGUAGUAGUAAUAGUAGUGGUAGUAACAAUUGGAAACCAAGUAAUCGAGCCGAAGGCAAUGAAAAUAGCGAUAAAAGACAUCAGAAGAAGAGGAGGUGGAUAGGAUCAGAUUGUACUUAUUGCCAUCAAGCUUGGACACCGGGUCAUACUUGUCUUGAAUUUAUAGAAGCAAAGAGAAUGAAAGCUUUCAGACCAAGAAGUUAAUACUCGACGCUUAAAACUGUAUUCUUGUUGAUACAAUAUACCAAUAUCUAUCUUUUUAUUUAUUUAAUUACUUGUAAUUUGCCAACAUUUACAAAUUUCUCAAUGCUUUUGGCUGCGUAUUUAUAGCCCAAAGAAUUACUUUUAUACCCUCUUCACAUCUCGUAUAAAUAUUCUUCUGAAAUAUGAUUUUAACUAUGCCUGACAGGUCCCCGCCCCAGUAUAACUCCUCUACUAUUUGCAUUUAGAAAUGACUUUAUAAAAAGCUAUCGGGUUCUCUUCUAUUAGAGCAGA